AUGCCUAAAGCCAAUCAAUAUAAACCCGUCCCCCCCUCUGAGGAUCUGCGGCCAUUUAUUGCAAAGUACUGGAAACAAAACAAGAGCGAUGUGGAGAUUCUCGCACUACUCAAGAAGCAUCAUAUCGAUCUAGCAAAAUACGGUCUAGAGAUUGCUACGUUUCGCAAAAUUCGAGAGAAUUUGGGAUUUCUUCGUGCUCGGAGACAGGGUCACACGGUUGAGUCCAUUGCUGGAGCAAUCACUAAGCUUCGGGUCAUGUACCCAAAGGCUGGUGGGCGAGAGAUGAACAUGACGCUGAUCUAUUCAAAUCUGGGUCUUGUUUCGUCCAGCAAGACUGUAAUGCAGUAUUUCCAUAUCUAUGAACCUGACCUUGUUCGCGAGCGUCGUCGUGGCCAUUUCAAACGCAAGAGAUUCUGGGCAGCUGGCUCGAACAAUGUCUGGGCUGUAGAUCAACAUGACAAGUGGAAAUACAAAUUUGGUCUCGCUCUCCACACCGGGAUCGAUCCAUUCCUAGGCCUGAUUCAUUGGAUGAAGAUUUGGUGGAAUAAUAACAACCCAAGACUCAUUCUGAGCUAUUAUCUCGACGCAAUUGAGACCAUCGGAUUCAUGCCUCUCGUGACUCAAAGCGAUCCUGGUACAGAGAAUAUUGGUAUUGCAAAUGGACACACACAACUGCGGCAUUAUCAAGAUCAGUCACUCGUUGGUACAUCUCAACACCGAUGGAUGAGACAGAAGAAGAACGUUAUGCCCGAGAUCACUUGGAGCCAACUGCGCUGUCAAUUCACACCUGGCUUUGAGGACAUACUCGAAAUCGGAGUCAACAAUGGUUGGUAUGAUCCUGGAGUGCUUAUCGAAGCUCUUAUUUUCCGUUGGGUGUUCAUCCCCUGGCUCCAAGCCGAACUUGAACUCUAUCGCAACCGCAUCAACAACACUGCUAAACGCCAUGAUCGUAACAAGAUUCUUCCUCACGGUGUUCCAAACCAUAUGUUCGAAUACCCAGAGGACUAUGCAAUUCUUGAUUUCAAGAUCAAGAUUGAUCCUGAGGGUGUUCACAAGGUUCGAGCUAUGUACGCUCCUCCUGAUCACAAGAUAUUUCACCUUGUUCCUCCCGAAUUCCAUGACAUGAUCUCUGGGAUUUAUAAAAGUAUUGGUGAGCCAAGUGUCAACAGAGAGUCAUGCUGGGACGUCUACCUCCAGUUGCUUUCUGAAUUCCGGACGCUUGAUGAGAUUCACGGUGUGGAUGUCAGCGCUAAUGAGAAUUGGGGUUAUGCGCUCACACAAGCAUUGGACAACUACAAUGACGAAAUUCAGCCCAUCCCCGGUCUCAAGGAACUACGCGGAGGUGAAGGUGUCAUUGGUCCAGAUGGCGGAUAUUAUAUGGGUGGUGUAAAUCAAGGUGAUGGUUUAGACCAAGGCUUACGGUCUAAAUUGAACCAGAUGAUUGACGACGUAGAGCCCAAUGUCAAUGGUGAUUUGCAAAAUGAACCUUCCACAUCGGAUGAUUUAUUCGCAUGGUUUUCUGAUGAAGAGGAGUCUUUAGCGGCAGCAGAGGGUGAUUGGUAGCGAUAAUUGUACUGUAUCUCUAUCUAUUCAUUGACGAGCAGUGAUGCGCCCUGGCCCCGCGAUCAAUUGAU